GCUCCAGCAAGGGACACAGGACCUCUGCCUGUGGUUCUCUCCUUCCGUUCUCUCUGCCUGGGGUCUUUUCCUCUUCCUAUCCCUUUCCCCAUAUGCUCAUGAGUUGGUCCCCAGAGGAGUGCAGGGACCAGGGAGAGCCUCAGGGUGGCAGAUACAGCCUGUGUGCCAAGCUGGUAGAGAAGCCUGACAGAGGGUCUGAGGAGCCUGGACUGGGACCUAUCAUCAUCCGCUCGGCUUCAGGACCCGCCCUUGCCUUCUGGCAGGCAGUACUUGUUGGGGAUGUGGGCUCUGUCUCUCGAAUCCUCUCGGACUCCAGCACGGGUCUGACUCCCGAUUCCAUCUUUGAUACCAGCGACCCAGAGCGAUGGAGAGAUUACCGCUUCAACAUCCGUGCUUUGAGACUCUGGUCUCUGACGUAUGAAGAGGAGCUUACCACUCCACUGCAUGUGGCAGCCAGCCGUGGCCACACGGAAGUUCUUGGGUUGCUGCUGAGGCGUCGAGCAAAGCCGGACAGCGCCCCUGGGGGCCGCACUGCUCUGCAUGAGGCCUGUUCUGCAGGUCAUGCUGCCUGUGUCCGUGUGCUGUUGGUGGCCGGAGCAGACCCCAACGCCCUGGACCAGGAUGGCAAACGCCCUUUGCAUCUCUGCCGGGGGCCUGGUAUCCUUGAGUGUGUGGAGUUGCUCCUGAGGUUUGGGGCACAAGUGGAUGGUCGGUCUGAAGAUGAAGAAGAGACCCCCUUGCACAUAGCUGCCCGGCUUGGCCACGUGGAACUAGCAGAUCUGCUUCUGAGAUGGGGUGCAUGUCCUGAUGUCCGCAAUUCUGAAGGUUGGACGCCACUGCUGGCUGCCUGUGACAUCCGCUGUCAGUCCCCAAAGGAUGCCGAGGCCACCACCAACCGCUGUUUUCAACUGUGCCGCUUGCUGCUGUCUGUGGGGGCAGACGCUGAUGCUGCCAACCAGGACAAGCAGCGGCCCCUGCACCUGGCCUGCCGCCACGGCCACUCAGCUGUUGUACAGCUGCUCCUGUCCUGUGGUGUCAGCGCUAAUGCCAUGGACUACGGGGGACACACGCCUCUGCACUGUGCUCUGCUCGGUCCAACUACAGCAGUGGCCCACAGCCCUGAGCACACAGUGCGAGAUCUACUCAAUCACGGUGCUGUCCGAGUCUGGCCAGGGGCACUCCCCAAGGUGCUGGAUCGCUGGUGCAUGUCCCCACGGACCAUCGAGGUCCUGAUGAAUACAUACCGUGUAGUUCAGCUUCCUGAGGAGGCCAAGGGCUUAGUGCCACCUGAGAUUCUACAGAAGCACCAUGGAUUCUACUCUUCCCUCUUUGCCUUGGUGAGGCAGCCCAGGUCGCUGCAACAUCUCUGCCGCUGUGCGCUCCGCAGUCACCUGGAGGGCUGCCUGCCCCACGCACUACCACGCCUUCCCCUGCCACCGCGCAUGCUCCGAUACCUGCAGCUGGACUUUGAGGAUCUGCUCUACUAGGCUUGCUGCCCUGCGAACAAAGCAGACCCCCCCACCCCCCACCCCAAGAGCAUCUCUCAGCCAUGUAUGAUGCAAGGCAUUCCGUCUUCAAGUCAGGAGUGGACGUCUUGAUCCACACUUGAGAGAAGAGGCCAGAUCAGCACCCAGCUGGCAGUGACGCAGAGGGCACCUGGGCAGGUCUGUGUGUGCACUGGAAAUGUCUAGGCUGAAGCCCAGAACAAUGGUGCAGGUCCUUGGGAGGCAGAGGCAGGAGGGUGGAGAGUGGCCACAUUGUACUAGGUAGUGAGACUUCGUCUUAAAAAAAAAAAAAAAAAAA